CUUCAAAUUUCAAAGCAAUUAAGCUAUCCUCUCACACAGUCACACAUGUUAUGUUCUCAACGAACCAAAAAGCUCAAUGUCCGACUUUCUUCUUCUUCUUUGUUUUUAAAAAAAAUAGUUUAUGAAUAGAUUAUAUUAAAGUUACGUUGUUUACUUUUCUUUUGGCUGCUGUUUUUUCUUUAUUCCGUGUGGAACUGCUUUGAAUUGAAACUUGAAAGCCUCGAAGCCUAUGAAAACCAACACUGAUCAGCACUUGUUUCCUCCUUACAUACAUUUUCUCGAGAAAAUCCCAUCACCAGGUCAGCUCCAGCAUGGAAAUAUUAUAUUAUAUUCUUUCCUAGUAACUAUUAUGGUGGAUAUCUCAAAGCUCACUGAUAUUUGUUUCAUGAAGUAUCCUAACGGGGCAACAUAUCUUACUCUGGUUCCUGUUUCUUUGAACAACAAAACCGAUCCUAUAAAGUGGGUUGAUCCUAUGGUUGCACCUGUUCAGAGUCCAAACAAUGAUUCUCAAGUUGUUCCUUCAGACAUUGUAGUAUCUAGCCUCUUUUCCAUGAACAAUUUCACCAAACAAGAGCAACAAACUAUGCAGACAUGGAACAAGUUAAAACACUUGCUUGAUCAUACUAAGGGAUUGCCUAAUGCUGUGGAAGCUGUUAAAGAAGCUAAAGGUGCAUGGAAUAGUCUUGUUUGCUUAUUAGAAGAACAAAGGGAAGGUUAUAGGAAUGAGAGUUUGAGAUUGAAGGAGAAACAAUGUCCUUAUUUUCUUAACAAUAUGAAUUCCACAGAACUUGGUAGUGGUAGUUACAAGCUGAGGUUUCCUUGUGGCCUCACACAAGGUUCUUCCAUAUCUGUUAUUGGCGUUCCCAAAGGGCUACUAGGCGAUUUUCGGAUCGACUUGACUGGAGAACCCCUUGCCGGAGAACCUGAUCCUCCAAUUGUUUUGCAUUACAAUGUUAGGCUCCAUGGCGAUAAGAUCACCCAAGAUCCUGUGAUUGUUCAGAAUACUUGGACAAAAGAUCAAGAUUGGGGUGCAGAGGAACGUUGCCCUUCUCCUACUCCUGAAAAUGCUAAGAAAGUUGAUGAGUUGGAGCAGUGCAAUAAGAUUGUGGGAAAGAACAUGGAGGGCAAUGGCAUGCAGUCCCACACUUCCAGGAAACUUUCAGCACCAAAAGAGGAACAACUGAAAAACAGAAAAUAUUUUCCUUUUAAGCAAGGCGAUCCAUUUGUUGCAACUAUUAGAGUUGGAUCAGAGGGAAUCCAAAUGACUGUUGAUGGAAAACACAUAACUUCAUUCGCUUUUCGCCAAACUUUGGAGCCAUGGCUUGUGAGUGAGAUGAGAAUUUCAGGAGAUGUUGAGUUAAUUUCUGUCCUUGCCAGUGGUCUUCCUACAUCAGAGGAUUCAGAGCAUAUUGCUGAUAUAGAAUCACUGAAAUCUACUCCUAUAUCUUCCAAUACCCCAUUGGAUCUCUUCAUUGGUGUUUUCUCUACAGCUAACAAUUUUGAGCGUAGGAUGGCUGUUAGAAGAACAUGGAUGCAGUACAAUGCAAUUCGAUCCAAUCAAACCGCGGCCGUGCGCUUCUUCGUUGGUUUGCAUAAGAACCAAAUUGUAAAUGAAGAACUGUGGAAAGAAUCACAAACCUAUGGUGACAUUCAGCUAAUGCCAUUUGUUGACUACUAUAGCAUCAUCUCAUGGAAAACUUUAGCAAUCUGCAUUUUUGGGACAGAGAUUGUUUCAGCAAGGUUUGUGAUGAAGACAGACGAUGAUUCAUUUGUUCGUGUGGAUCAAGUUCUGGACAAUUUGUAUCGGAUCAAUGUGGAUCAUGGCUUGCUGUAUGGACUCAUCAAUUCAGAUUCUCGACCUCAUCGAAGUGCUGAUAGUAAAUGGUACAUCAGCCGGGAGGAAUGGAGUGAAGAAACAUAUCCUCCAUGGGCACACGGUCCGGGGUAUGUGGUCUCACAUGACAUAGCAAGCAUGGUGUACAAGAAAUACACGCAAGGCCAAUUAAAGAUGUUCAAACUAGAAGACGUGGCAAUGGGAAUAUGGAUAUCAGAGAUGAAGAAGGGAGGGCUAGAAGUUCGGUACGAGAAAGAAAGCAGAGUCUAUAAUGUGGGUUGCAAGGAUGGCUAUGUGGUUGCACAUUACCAAGAUCCUAGGCAGAUGCUUUGUUUGUGGCAGAAACUUGAGCUUCGUCAAGGUCCAAAAUGCUGUGCUAAUCGUAGAAGAAGAUGACUAAUGGGAUUUAUGAGGGAGAUUUAUUAUUAUUAUUAUUAUUAUUAUUAUUAUUAUUAUUAUUAUUUCUCAUGUUAUUUCCAACUCGGUAGAUCAUCACUAAUCCAUCGUAGAAUAGAUUGU